GUAGAAUUUCCUCCCUCCUCCACUCCCCUUAUAACUCCUACUUGUUGAACUAAACCCCCUUUUUCCUGCCUCGCCGCACCGCCGUUUCUCCCCUCCUAGAGUCGGCGCAUUAUCGCCGAGAACCCGAGGUGCGCUGAAGUGCACCACAGCGUAGGGAGCAUGGCGAAAGAGAGUGGAGGUUCACACCAAAAGAAUAAGAAGAAGAACGACGAGAGCAACGAGCAGGGGCACAAGUCUCAUAGGACUCGGAAAUCCGGAGCUUCGGCGAAGAAGAAAUCAAAGUCCAAGCCGAAUUCGAACGAAGGUCUCACACAGGAGCAGAAGAAGCUCAAUAAUCCUAAGGCAUUUGCAUUCACUUCCACUGUGAAAGCUAAGCGACUGCAAUCACGAGCCACAGAGAAGGAGCAGAAAAGGCUUCAUGUCCCCAAGAUUGAUCGCACUACAGGAGAACCUGCUCCUUUUGUUGUUGUAGUUCAGGGACCUCCACAGGUGGGAAAGUCAUUGCUGAUUAAGUGCUUAGUAAAACAUUACACGAAGCACAAUUUACCUGAAGUUCGCGGACCAAUUACUAUCGUAUCAGGCAAGCAAAGGCGACUGCAGUUUGUGGAGUGUCCAAAUGAUAUCAAUGGGAUGAUAGAUUGUGCUAAGUUUGCUGAUUUAGCUUUGCUCCUCAUUGAUGGAAGCUAUGGCUUUGAAAUGGAAACGUUUGAAUUCCUCAACAUAUUGCAAAAUCAUGGAUUUCCUAGAGUAAUGGGUGUUCUUACACAUCUAGACAAAUUCAAGGAUGUAAAGAAACUCAAGAAAACAAAACAACGACUCAAGCACCGAUUCUGGACUGAGAUUUAUGAUGGUGCCAAAUUAUUUUAUUUAUCUGGCCUUAUUCAUGGAAAGUACACAAAGCGUGAAGUACAUAAUCUAGCAAGGUUUAUUUCUGUGAUGAAAUUCCCCCCUUUAUCUUGGAGAACUUCUCAUCCUUAUAUCUUAGUAGAUCGAUUUGAAGAUGUUACACCCCCGGAGAAGGUGCACAUGAAUAGUAAAUGUGACAGAAAUGUUACCUUGUAUGGUUAUUUGCGCGGCUGUAAUUUGAAGAAGGGAACAAAGGCACAUAUUGCUGGAGUGGGCGAUUAUCCUUUGUCUGGAAUUAUGGCUCUGCCUGAUCCUUGCCCUUUGCCGUCAGCUGCCAAAAAGAAAGGAUUGCGUGAUAAGGAAAAGCUAUUUUAUGCACCUAUGUCCGGACUAGGGGAUCUCCUUUAUGAUAAGGAUGCUGUCUAUAUAAAUAUAAAUGAUCACUUUGUGCAGUUCUCGAAAGAUGACGGAACUAAUUCAGAGGGGAUACACAAAGGAAAACAACGUGAUGUUGGUGUCGAAUUGGUUAAAUCAUUGCAGAAGACAAAAUAUUCCGUCGAUGAGAAGUUGGAAAAGAGUUUCAUAACACUUUUUGGAAAGAAACCUAAUUCAUCAUCUGAAGCUCCAUCUGGUUCAGUUAAUGCUCAUGAACUGGCAAAUCAGGAAGUACCUUUAGAGCCUGUGGAGCAUUAUCAACCUGAGAUAAAAGAUGAAGAUGGUGAAUCAGAUGAAGAUAGUGAUACUGAGGAUGAAGAUGGUCUGGAAUCCUCAGAUGGAGAAAAAAUUCUUAAAAGAAAAUCAUCUUCAGGAAUUAUGGAUGAUAGUUCUGAUGAGGAAACCAACUAUGCAUCAGAGCAACAGCCUCAAACACAAUCCAACUUUAAGGAGCAGAUUGAUUUCCAUGAGGGAAGGGUGAGGAGGAAAGCUGUUUUUGAGAAUGAAAUGGAUAUUGACAAUCUGAAGGAUUCUGAUGAAGAUGAUGAGAAUGAUGAGGAUUCAAGUGAUGGUGAUGAAACAGAAAAUGGUGGUGAUGAACAUGCAUCUACUCGUUCUGAUUCUUCAACAGAUGAUGGAGAAGAUGAUGAGAUGGGAAAUGUUUCGAAAUGGAAGGAAUCCUUGGCCGAACGAACUUCCUCAAGACAGAACAUUAACCUUAUGCAACUUGUAUAUGGUAAACCUUCAUCAAAGACUUCCAAUGAGAUGAAUGAGUCCAGUGACGAGGAAAGCGAGGAUGAUGAGUUCUUUAAGCCUAAAGGCGAAGGAAGCAAGACAUCAAAGGAAGGAGUAAAUGGCAAUGAUGUGGACCUUGAUGACUGCUCGAAAUUCUUAAAGAGAAGUCAGAAGGAUUGGAGGAAUGAAGAUUUAAUUGCAAGUAUUCGUGAUCGUUUUGUGACUGGAGACUGGUCAAAGGCAUCCUUGAGAAAUCAACUCUCUGAAGUUACGGCUGCUGAUAAUGAUGACGAUGAUGCAGUCUUUGGUGAAUUUGAAGACUUGGAAACAGGUCAGAAGUAUGAGAUCCAUCAGGCAGGUGAUAGUGGUGAUACCUGCAUGAAUGAUGACUUGGCUGCAGAGGACCGAAGACUGAAAAAACUGGCUCUUCGUGCAAAAUUUGAUGCUCAGUAUGAUGGUUCAGAAUUUCCUGAUGAAGAUGAUGAUGACACCAAGUCAAGUCGUGGCCAAAGCAAUGGAAGUGGGUUCUUCACCAAGUUAAAGGAGGAGAUUGAACUCCGGAAACAAGUAAACAUUGCUGAACUUAAUGAACUUGAUGAAGUCACUCGCAUUGAGGUAGAAGGUUACAGAACUGGGACUUAUCUUAGACUUGAAAUCCAUGAUGUGCCGUUUGAAAUGGUUGAAAAUUUUGAUCCUUGUCACCCUCUUCUUGUUGGUGGACUUGCAUUGGGGGAGGAAAACGUUGGAUAUAUGCAGGUACGGCUGAAGCGGCAUAGAUGGCACAAGAAAGUACUGAAGACUAGAGACCCAAUAAUUGUUUCUAUUGGAUGGAGACGUUAUCAAACUGUUCCGAUAUAUGCCAUUGAGGACCGUAAUGGGCGACAUCGCAUGCUUAAAUACACUCCUGAACAUAUGCAUUGUCUUGCAAUGUUUUGGGGGCCACUUGCUCCUCCUCAUACUGGGGUGGUUGCUGUCCAGAAUUUAUCAAAUAAUCAGGCAUCAUUUAGGAUUACAGCUACUGCGACUGUCCUCGAGUUCAACCAUGCUGCAAGGAUAGUGAAGAAGAUCAAGCUAGUUGGUUAUGCCUGUAAAAUCUUCAAGAAAACUGCGUUUAUUGAGGAUAUGUUCACUUCAGAUCUUGAAAUAGCAAGGUUUGAAGGCGCAGCUAUACGAACUGUUAGUGGAAUCCGUGGGCAAGUGAAAAAGGCUGCAAAGGAAGAGGUUGCUAACAAGUCAAAGAAGAAGGGUGGGCAUGCGAAAGAAGGCAUUGCUAGAUGCACCUUUGAGGAUAAAAUUAAGAAGGGCGACAUUGUAUUCUUGCGUGCUUGGACUCAGGUUGAUGUUCCUUGCUUUUACAACCCCCUGACAACAGCCUUGCAGCCACGUGACGAGACUUGGCUGGGAAUGAAAACAGUUUCUGAACUAAGGAGGGAACAAAACCUUCCAGUGCCAGUCAACAAGGAUUCACUUUACAGGCCUAUCGAGAGGAAGCCAAGAAAGUUCAAUCCAUUGGUUAUCCCCAAGUCGUUACAGGCAGCUCUACCAUUUGCAUCAAAACCCAAGAACAUACCUCAUCGAAGACGACCAUUACUUGAAAAUAGGAGAGCUGUAGUCAUGGAGCCUCAUGAACGAAAAGUGCAUGCUCUUGUUCAACACCUUCAACUCAUUAGAAAUGAGAAGAUGAAAAAACGGAAACUGAAAGAAGAGGCGAAGAGGAAGGCACAGGAAGCAGAGCGUUCAAAGGAAGAGCAACUUUCCAAAAAGAGACAGAGAGAGGAACGGCGUGGAAGAUACAUAGAACAGGAAAAACUAAAGAAGAAAAUCCGCAGAAAUACAGACUAGUGUUCUUGUACCAGCAUUUGGUGGUGCACCAGGCAUAUGAUAUCGGCUUUUGCUGCAUUCAGCAUACGGUAUGUUGUAAAUCCUCGUAUCAACCUGUGGAAAUCCAUGCUUCCCAAAUGUUAAUUUGGGCAAGUGCUGCCUCCAUCUACACCAUACUAACAGGCAGAUGCAACAUUAAUGUGGCCCCUCAUCCAAAUUCGUUGUGCUGCAGAGUACACGUUACGACAGCCAAAGUGGAAACAGCAGGCACUGAAAACAUAUCAAGCCUCUUUGUUGUAUGUGGGUUGCAGAUAGUGGUAAGCCGGCAUGCGGAGAGUGCAAAUCUCUGUUCUAAGGUUCUGAGUCUGGAUAUGUAAUGGAUGGUUGGGCCCAAAUUUUGUUUUGAGGUUUGCUUGGUUUGGCUCUAAAGUCUAAACCUAUGGAGUUGCGAUUCAAUGCACUCCCAAAUACAAGUCAAAAUAUCUUGUAAGAGUAUUUGCAUAUUUGAUUUCAGAAAAGCUACAGCUGACAGCUUUGGUUUUUCGGGACUGCAUUCUUUUUCUGCUUGCAAGGUUAAUAACUGAUUUUUGUUUAAUUUUCUA